GGCCGCUCCCUAUGCUUGUGUGUGCUGGAGUCCCUGCAAUAGUGCAUUGUAGUGUCAAUGUGUUGUGAACAAUUUAGAUUUCUGCCCGUGUACCGUAGACAUCGAGAGCUGCACUGUGAUCAACCGCGUAGAGUCUCACUCGUCAACCACGUGGCUUUUGCCGGUUCCGCUUUCGAAGAACAAUAGCGACUGCUUUUUUUGUGAUUUUUACUGAAUAGUGAUAGUGUUGCAGACUAAUCCAUCCUCGCAUACAUCGCUCGUGUUUGUGCUCGAGAACUGAAUGGUGAAGAAGCAACCGAACGGUAGCAGUGUGAAUUAUUUCCACUUUUUCAGCUCGUUCAGCUUGGCGUCCGUAUUGUUUGACAUUAGCGAAGAUUACAGCAACAUGGCCUGUCUUCCACAAUCGGCGUUCGCGGUGCACAAGAUCCGGCAGGCACAGAACGAGAAGGAUCUCACUGUCGCUCGGCUUAUGGGUGACAAGCAAGGUCCGAGAUAUUUAAACAAGAAUACUCUCGACCUAACACCGGUCAAGUACAAUGGCAAGCUGAUGAAUAGCAUCUGGGGUUUGUACAAUCGCUAUUCGCCACACAACUUUAAGAAAAACAAUGGAUCCGUCGGGGGUUUCUUUGGCAUGCAACAGCCCUUCGCUGUUGCAUGCUCUCCGAUGGAGAAACAACCACCGGUGGUUGAUCCAACCGACCAGAAGUAGACUUGGAAACAAGUUGUGAAUGGUUCUCAUUGUUUUAAUAGAUUGUAGAAUCCUCAAUGUGAUUUUUUGGAAUAAAGGUUUA